AUGAACUCCACGGGCAUCUUCCCCGUCCUCGCCUACCUGGGCACCGUUGGUACGGAAAACCCCGCGUGCAUCAAUGCUACUAACAGCAUCUGCUUCGAAAAAGUAGCUGUCCUUUUGCCAGGGGAUCCCGCUCAAAAUGUUUGCAAAUACUUGAGGUCGAUGCAACAGGCCCACUGCCCGUGCUCUGAUCGUUUUACGAAGGACUACGAAAAUCUCAACUGCGGAUCGUCCGAACCACUUUUGCGAGCCCGCCUUGCCUGUGUGGCUGAGGGCACUUUGCCAGAAGGCCUACCGUGCGCCGACCCCUACGGCAAAUGCGAGGCGGAUGCGAAGGUUGAAGCCUGCCUCGCGCGGAAUACUGCUGCCGGUUGUGAUGAUACCCCAGAAUACAAAGCCCAUUUCUACAUGAUGAAAUUGUUGGAGCUGAAGAGCCUGCGCCAGGACAAGUGUCAUGACGAAAGGGUCGCCGCUUACAAGGAUGCAAUCCAAGCAAUAAAUGGCACAGCCAAU